AGCUCCCCGGGUCUAUUACGAGCUACCUACGCACUGUACACGAAAGCCCUCGGAAUCUUCGACCGGACACAUACUACACUGCCAAAUGGCCGGGCGCGAUUCUGAUGCAGACCUCGGGGAGAACGUAGUUGUGCUACGCAUGGAAGAGCCCAGACGGAGUGGUUCCGAUCAUAAGAACUCUGAUCAUAGAGAUUCUGACCACAAAGAUGAAGCACCACAACCUACUCUGCAUAGUGUCCUUCAUUUUUUGCAGACGGAAUGGGCCCGGAUGGAAGCGGAGCGUUCGGUUUGGGAAAUUGAUCGUGCAGAGCUUAAGGCCAACAUUCGGUUUUUGGAAGGAGAGCGUCGAGGACAAGAGAAUCUCAAGCAAGAUUUGAUACGGCGCAUCAAAAUGCUAGAAUACGCUUUGAAACAAGAACGCGUAAAGUUUGAUCAAUUCAAGUCUUCCGUUUCUGCGGGUGUUGCCAUGUCUCCGGGGACAAAACCAUCGUCGGAUGAUUGUCGUACACAGUUGGUGCGAUCUGACCACGAGGUAUUAAGGGAUCGGCCCUUAGGUCCCGGAGAAAAGCUGAAGCAGUGCACCGAAAACGCCUUGGAAAGCAAAACUAAGUGGUCAGAGAGCCGUACUCGAUUGAAGAAAUUUUUACAGGAGGUGGGGUGCACUGAGGCGGUGUUAAAUGUUCGACAAGCUCGUGUUCUACAACUCCUUCAGUCAACCCCUGGUUGGCGCGAUGCAUUGAAUAAAUUCGGUCACAGUGCUGAAUCGUGGAAACAAGCCAUGCGAGGGGAAGCUCCGUCUUACGAGAGUGAUGAAAACGAUGCUGGCAAUGAGGGCAUUCAACAGGCAUUGUCCGAAAUGGAUGGAGCUGUUCGGGAUGGUUACAGCGUUUCAUCCUCUCGACCAAUUCCGAAAACCAACUAUGAGGUAGCCGGUGAAUUCACUGAACCUGAUACCACGGGGCACUCCUUGGACAGUUCUGAGUCACCUGAGUUCGCACGUGGAUGCCACAUCAAUCGAUUUCGUCGUAUCGGCGGUGACCGUGCAGUUUCAGCCGGCCAGACAAAGUCACAGCAAAAACCUUCCUAUUCAGAUGCAUACAAUCCGAAUGAUUCAUCGGUUACCGGUGCCAUCUGGUCUUUCUUCGAUAGCCUAAAAUCGACUGAGACCCCAGGACUGAAGCGAUUUGGCCGCGGCUCCGUCGAUAAAAAAACUUUGGGUUCCAUUGAUGCUUAUUGGGAGAAACAAAAGGAUCUGACCACUCUGUCUACGAACUCUAUCAAUGAUAUCAGUGAUCGUUCUUCGAGUCAUCAGGUUACACUGAACGAUAGAAGAGAUCUUGCGGCUGAUAACCCCUCACUGGUUCAAUUACACAUGUCGAAAGAGACAAGUCCGGACGAAGGUCUCAUACUUGGGGACCUUGCUACCCUUACGGUGACGAAUGAUACAGAAUGUGCUACAGAGGGGGACAUGUGCGACUCUAAUUCACCUUCCCGUUUGGCUUACGAUCCACACAUUGGGCAUGCAUCCAGUGGUAUUGCUGGAGAUGUCGAAACUAGCAGAGGAUCGACUGUCCGUGGACAUCAGCUAUGGAGUACUCGUUACACUCUUCGUGGCCACUUUGACGGAGUGCGCGACGUAGUUUUCCAUCCGGCCGAGUGCGCUGUGUAUACAGCUGGAGAGGACGGUUGUGUGAUGCUUUGGAAUCUAACCAGAAGUGGAACAGUUUCCUCGAUUGGUGGUCAAAGCAGGCAACCGGGCCGUAACGUCCAGUGUCCCUCGGAUGAGCUCGAACCUGUUCACAUCUAUGUUGGUCAUAAGGGCCCUGUUCUAUGCUUGGCCGCUCCCACUGCUGCUCUGGCUGUGGAUAUGUCCACGAUUGUUUUCUCUGGUGGACUUGAUGGUACUGUCCGCGGAUGGCGGGUCCCACCCGUACUUAGUUCUUCUGGAAUGCCGGAUUUAUAUGCUCCUCAUGAUUUGGACUCCGUUCUUGGUCCUGUUCUGACUGGUUCCAAGGAAGCAGUUUGGUCCGUGGCUCUGCAUCCUUCUAGUCCAGUUUUGACCGCGGCCCAUGCAGAUGGUUCACUCGAGUUUUGGCUGGUUGCUGAAAAGGCAGACGGGGCCUCAAAUCCAAGUUUGUUGCGUUCAGUUCAACUAGACCGAGUAUUUUCCCCUGCUGCCACAGACAACGAAUCACCUGGGCGUCCCACGUGUCUACACUACCUGGUCAACCGUCCUGACUCACUUGUGUCAUCCCACUGCCUUGUUGGAACCAGCACAGGUUGGUUGUUUCUCAUGGACGUGCAAACCGGACAGGUGGUGAGCCAAUGUUCUCCCGCUCCCAAGAAGACAGAAGCUCCUGCCUUUAAUAAUGCCUUGCCCACUGGUUGGACUUCCCUCGCUCUCAACGGAUUAACGGCACAGACCACGUUAUCUCUUGUGAUUGGCGCCCAUGAAGACGGAUGCGUUCGAUUUUAUGACUUUUACCGUAUGCCACCUGAACGUUCCAUGGUUGGGAGCACUCCAUUUAUCGAAAGUAUGGUCGCCCACGUGGAUUCCGUCACAUGCCUCGACAUUGAUCCUCAAGGACUUUAUCUACUCACUGGAAGCCAUGACGCUUCGAUCCGCGUGUGGGACAUGGAAACACGUGCUUGUGUCCAGGAAGUGACCAACCAUCGUGUUAAGUACAACGAAGCAAUCCAUGCUGUCGCACUGCACGAACGGCUUCCACUCGCGGCCAGCGCUGGAGCAGAUGGAGUUUGUAAAAUUUACUGUACAUCAAGUUAGCCAUAUACCUUCUCUUACUUCUCUUAUGGCGCCCGUGUUGGUUGAUUCAAAUCCCUGCGUAGAUGCCCAGACGCAGAUCAUGGUGAAAGCUUUGGGCUCCUAUCGUGGCGCUACAAAAUGUUGUUGGCCAGGUAGCUCGGUCUGCGCCACAAAUGGAUCCAGUAUCCAUUGGGCAAUCCAAUCACUUCCAUCUCACUCGCAUACACGACUGGAACCGAUACGUUUGUCCUCAUUUGCGCUUACCAUCUACUCGUUUAUGAAAGUCUCUCAGCAUUUGUGCUGUUUUACGGCUAUUUGAAAGUACUUAUUAUCUCAUAAACUGUAUCUCAUCCGACCAACAUCGGCCGCCCCAUCAUUUUCCCCCUCUGUUUCUCACAUGCCUUCUAGCCGUUAUUACUCCAUACACUUCUAGUAUCCUUGUUCUCCCAUUGCUUGUUAUCAUCUUGACGCCUCCCGGUGUGAGUUCUGCCAUCAAUGUCCCGUUCGUACGUGAGCUCACCAUGCAAAUGAUAUAUGCCAUGUUGACUUUCAAUUUUUGUGCUUGGAUUAUUCUUGUGUAGUCAGUAAUGUUACUGAUGCCAGCACAGCGAUAAAAUGACUUCAACCGAA